AUGGCGCUGUCCGUUGCCGAUCCACAAGUCAAGGUUGAGGUAUAUAGCAAUAGCUGCCCGCGGUAUGUUGAGCCACGCAAAGACUUGAGCGUUUACGCCAGCACAGAUCCGUCGGCAUUUGUGGCGUUUCUUGCGAUGGACGACAACCUGACGCGUUUGCGGUUAUCCCACGAUAUAACGUUUGAUAUUUUAAAGAUGUUCCGGCCGUUUUUCGUCAUGUUGAACCUGCCGUUCAGCGUGGUCCGCUUGGAGAACCUCACUGCGGAAGCGGUCAUCUUCAAUUACAAAUCGCGUUUCACUCUCAAAACCGUUCUAAUCGAUCUGCGCAACGCGACCACGUUUGAUACGGUUCUGUCGCUGCCGGUUGAUCCACCUGGGAAGGUCGUCGGAUCCGAUAAAGUAACGAUAAACGUUGUUGGUGACAUUCUCGGUGUGGCGAUGCGCAAUCUGGACAAACUCAUCCAACUGCCGCUCGGGUGCGGUGAAAAUAAUUUGGCACUGAUGGCGCCCAGUGUGACAGUGUGGAAAUAUCUGCAAAAGGUCGGUAAACUAUCCACUUUGAAACGCGAAGAGUUGACGAAAAAUAUUCGGAUGGGGCACCAACGAGCUCUGAUCUAUCAGCAUCCGGAUUCUUCCUUCGGCGCCUGGGCCAGAACGCAGCCAAACGGCUCAUUCUAUGCCUGGUCAGCUUCCGAUGAAAACGGCUCGACAUGGCUAACGGCGCAUCUUGCCAGAGUUUUUGCGGAGGCGUCCGCAUUGGUUCCUGAUGUCGAUGAAACGGUGAUGCACAAGAUGGUCGCUGACCUUAUUGGUCAGCAGAGAGACGAUGGCUCUUUCGAGGAGACCGCACAAAUUUUAGAUAAACGCGUUCAGGAUGGAGAGUUUAAAGAUGUCUCGUUGACGGGAUUAUGUGUUCUCGCGUUCUUACAGUAUAACAGUACAGGGAAAGCUAACUUGGACAACCUGGACGAAGCCAUGCGAAAAGCCGUUACGUAUCUAGAAUCGCAGCUGGAUAAGUUGGGAAACGAUUCGUUUGCGUUGGUACUGGCAGCGUAUGCAUUGGCUAAGGCGAACAGUCCGAGGAAGCUGGAUGCACUGGCUCUGCUGAGUGAACACAUGGUGGCAGAGACUUCGACCAUUAACUGGACAACCGGAAGCAGUGGAGAUCUGGAUGCGGGAACAACUGAAGCAAAAGAUGUGGAAGCUUCAUCGUACGCUCUGCUGGCAUUCAUCGCCAAUGGAAAGCUCAAUACCGCGGCGAAAAUUGCGGCUUGGUUGGUAUCACAACAAAAUGCACAGGGCGGAUUUACCACCACGGCGGAUACCGUGGUGGCGCUGCAAGCUUUAGCGGAGUUUGCGUAUGGCGGCGUCGAGAUCGACACGCUAUCCGGUUAUCAGUUUGAUGCACGAGAAGUUUAUGAGCUUCCGAAAACCGUAGAGCAGCUGCGUAAGGCUGAGCUGAAAAACAAGGACAGCAAGCUGAAUUGGUACUUCGACGAGAUAACCAUGCCAGGCAAGUGCUUCCGCCUGACAAUGUACCGAAUUCACAAAGUGGACAACCUCCAGAAUCAGGCCGUUGGGGUGUAUGAUUAUUACAACCCAAAAGAUUGA